GUGAGAACCGCGCGGACCGAUUCAGUCUGAUUCUUAAACGAUUCUUUCAGAAGAUUCUUUGAAAAUAUCCGAAUCAACAGAACGAACAGACGUCGCUGUUUUGGUCCUGUAGCUUAUCAGAUCUGAUAGUUCUUUUUUGCUCCUAAAGUUUGACAUUUUCCUGAAAUCUAGUGACUGCACUCUGGACUGUUAGUCCCAGGGACGUUUGGCCUUUAUCACCUGUUGGAAGGCUGAAGUCUGCAGCAUGUCUCUGACAAUUUCUAAAGGUGAGGGUUUGACGGUCAUCACCAUCGCCUCAAACCCAAAGAGCAAAUGGCCCGUACUGUGUCAGGUUUUGAGUUUUCUGUGCUGCAGUCCAGUGUGUUCUGUGUCUCAGAAUAUGAAAAGGAAGCUGACGAACAUCCACACAGCUCUUGGGACUAUGCAGAUAAUAGUUGGAGUCAUCAAUAUUGUGUUUGGGAUUUUGGUUCGAAGCGCUGGGAUAUGGAACAACAUUACAGAACUUGGGGUUGCUUUCUGGAUCGGUGGUGUGGUCAUUGUAAUUGGAAUUGUGACUCUUCUUGCAGCUAAGUUUCCCAGCCCUUUCCUACUGGUCAUCGCAGUGAUUCUGAAUGUAGUCAGUGCUGCACUGGCUAUCACAGCUGUUGUGCUGUAUUCAGUGGACCUGGCAAAUGGAAAUGGUCUAUAUUGUGACACCAGUUAUUACACGUCUUACGGCUCUGCUUCAACACCUUCCCCUGAACAGAUGAGGAACACUGAGAUCUGUAUGCAGUACAAGUAUCUCAAUAAGAUGAUCCUCGAAGGACUAGAUAUCAUGAUGAUAGUGCUGUCGGUCCUUCAGCUCUGUGUGACCAUCAGUUUCUGUGUUUUGACUGGGAAAGCUUUGUGCAAGAAGGAUGAAGAUGUAAAGUCGGUGGAGAAUCCAGAACUUCACAAGCCGCUCCUGGAAGACGCCACUGCUGGUGCUGCAUGUUAAAGAAGCAAAAUAUAAAGCAACAAAUAUAUACAGUACAUACAACACUUCUCAAUAUAGUAGUGAGAUUAUUUCCAGUAUCUUAUUAGGUGUUUUCCUUAAACAUUUGGUUACUGCUAGUAAAUGAAGUGCUGCUUUUUUUUAAAAAUGUCUUGAGCACUUUGGCACUAUCACAUAUAUACUUAGACGGACAGCACUUCCUGACUAUAGUGCAUACAAGUUUACUUUAUUUAUCUCCGUUCAAAUCUGACCUUAGAUGGAACAGGUUUUCAACCCAAUCUGAUAUUUAAAGCGAUAGUUCACCCAGAAAUACAAAUUUGCUGAACAUUUACUCACCCUCAGGCUAUCCAAGAUGCAGAUGAGUUGGUUCCUUCAUGGGAACAGAUUUUUUAGCAUUACAGAAAUGCAGCAUUAUGUUACUUGUUCGCUAAUGGAUCCUCUGCAGUGAAUGGGUGCCGUCAGAAUGAGAGUCCAAACAGCUGAUAAAAGCAUCACAAUAAUCCACGAGUAAUCCACACCGCUCCAGUCCAUCAAUUAACAUCUUGAGAAGUGAAAAGCAUUUCUCAUUUUCAAGGAUAUUGAAAGUUUUGCUUACGGAAAGAUAUAAAACAUUUCAGAACACCGUUGGCUUCACUAAUAAUAUAUUUUCAUUGCUAUUUGCACGAUUUCACCACCAGGUGGUGUUAAGUUGCUUGAGUUUUAUGUAAAUCAUUUGCCUUUGAAAGAUACAUAACUUUGCCAAGGCUACCAUACAGAAUUUUGUAUUAACAAAAGUAGAAAGAAAUUCCACCAUUAUUUCACAACAUAUAGGAUCUAAUUAUCUAUAUGUGGUGUAUAUGCAUUACUUGAUACUUGAUUCCUCCAUACGUUUGUUGCCACUUUUGACACUGAAAAGAUUAUUAUCAAAAAUGAUUAUAUAAUCACAGCACCUUAUAUAGCAUCACAAAAUAAACUGGCAUUUCUUUUUCUAUAAU